AUGCUAAAGGCUGUGUUUGACCCCCAGUUAUCGGCCCAGCUUCACAACCAGAUUCUUGAACAUGCAUGGAUUGGUGCGGGAUGGGAUGUCGCUUCUCUUCCGUCCAAGACCUGGUGGGAAGAGUCGUCCCCGAUUCCAUUCGAUCUUGCGUCUCGCCUAAAGCCGAGCCUGAUCAGGUUCCUGCGGUCGGCAAGAGCAUUCAAUUUUGACACCGAUUCAGACUUCCAUCUUUUUUAUUACCUCAUGGCGCUCCAUGGGAAAUAUGAAAUCUUUAGCCCAGACACUUUUCUCAGAUCGAGGGGUGAUCGUUAUGUGUGGCUGUAUCCCUCGACAGGCACGAAGAGUGUUGAAGAAGUCGGCAUACUAUUCGAUCAAGAAACUGAACUCGCUUCCUUUGUUCCAGACUGGGAAGAUCUGAUCUGUUUUGAUAGGGAACGGUGGCCCUGGCUACCAUUACAACAUAUUCUGCAAGCCUAUCUAGACAUGAUCAACGAGGGCAAAAUAACAACAUACUCAGAUCGUCAAAAAAGAUUGAGAGGUGCCAAUGGUGGUAAGUUUGGACGCGGAGUAUUUCCUUGGGAGAUCCACCAUCAUACCCCAAUGGAUGUUGAGAGGGCUGUCAGUGCUUUUACCCGUCUUCUUGAUGCUAUUGAGAUUCGGCUUCCUCCCAGUUCGACACAUGACCGUGGCCGAGAAGAUCCAAACUUCGAAGGAAUAACUCUCCCAUACUCCGAAUCAGUCGUUGAAGCGUCGUUCAUAGAAGUGGAUUCAUUUGCCAGGUGCUUUCUAUCAGCUCUUCCCGUCAGACAACUCAAUUUUCGCUAUAUUGCCCCCGGCAUCCGAGUCCAAGAUCCGAUCGAAUUGAUAAAUCAGCCACUUGCUGAUCGCCGCUUCAAUGAACUGAUUCCAGACCGGUUUAGUACUGCUCAGCCGGAAGCCCAUUUCCCUCUACUUCUUUUCCGUGGGGAUGGAGAGAACAAGUCACCCUGGACCCGGCCCUGGUUUCCUGACGGAAAUGCUGAGAACAUCCCCUCUGGUUUAUACCUUGAACCCACCGACAACGAUUUCGAUUGGGAUUCUGGCAACCAAAGUCGACUUCUUUUGCCAUUCAACAUUGGCAGCAACGGAUUCGCUCGAAGUAGCAAUGGCGUUCCAUUCAAACCUCGAGCUUGGUGCGGUGAGCCUGAUCAACUAUACCAGAUGGACUUAUUCAGUGGAUAUAGUGGAUAUUUACCUUGGGAUUCACGUAGCUCAUAUCUACACAAAGUGUUGGAGAAUUGGGCGGAACGAGUGGAAAUGGGUGAUUGGCUAGUGGGUGAAGACGGCGUUGCCGGUGGCAUUGAGAAGUUCAAAGAGGCCGACACUGAAGAGCAUUGGAGGGAAUAUGUUAUCCCUUGGUGA